AUGCCGUUCUUGGAGAGCCGCCAGACCGUUAAGCGUUGCCCUCCCGUUCCUCAACUUGAGAUUCCCUGGCUCAUGCUCCGUUCACACCCGUUCUCUCUCAAAGAUCAUUACUUCUUGAGUCUAAGUGACAACAAAACUCACAAGUCGUCGUCGUUUGGCUCUAACGAUUAUAUAAGCAGGCGAGAUUGUGUUGGUUCCAUCGAGGGGUGGUUGAUUAUGGUUGAUAGUGAAUUUUGGCGUCCCGAGGGUUUUUUGUAUCCGUGGUCAUUCUGCUUGCACGCCUUGCAAGAUUAUCAUCUCAAGUACCCUUAUACUACCCUCAACUUCUUCUUGAACCCAAUUUCAGGUGUUCGGGUCAUGCUGCCAUCACAAUCCACCAUUCCAUACAUGUACGGCACUAGAGCUUUCUUUUUCAAGAAAGUGGUAGCCUCUUCAUUGCCGUUGCUAACGACGUCCUCGUGGUCAAAAUCAGAUGAUGAUCAUCAUCGUCAUCAGAUAAUAAACUCAUCAUGUCUUGUGGCUGGCCUUUGUGGGGAAGGCCUUUAUUUGGCCCUUUGUAGACCAACAGAUAAAUCAUGGACCCUCAUUGAGCCAGUGCUAGAGGGUACACGCUAA